AUGGAUUUCGCCACAGGGCCUCUGGGCACCCUGCUUUCUAAACUCGGCCAGCUGCUCCAAGAUGAGUACAACCUUCAGAAGGGAGUGAAGAAAGACAUCGAGUUCGUCACGAGAGAGCUGGAGAGUAUGCGUGCCGCCCUCCGCGAUGUCGGAGAGGUGCCACAGGAGCAGCUCAAGGAAGUAGUCAAGAUCUGGGCUCGGGAUGUUAGGGAGCUCUCCUACGACAUGGAGGACAUUGUUGACACGUUCCUUGUGCGUGUCCAGGGCUCUGAGCCUCCCAGCAAAAGGAGUGUCAAAAGGUUCAUCAAGAAGAUGACAAGUAUUGUGAGCAAGGCCAAGACUCGCCAUGAUAUCGGCCAAGAGAUUAAGGACAUCAAGGAGAGUGUCAAGGACGUGGCCGAGCGACGUGACAGGUACAAGGUUGAUGCUAUUACUCCUACCAAAACCUCAGUUGACCCUCGCAUAACAGCUCUGUACACUAAAGCGGCUAGCCUUGUGGGCAUUGAUGAGCCAAGGGAAGAGCUGAUCUCGAUGUUGACAAAGGAAGAUGGCAUGUCAUCGGCUGAACAAAGGAUAGUCUCUAUCGUUGGCUUUGGAGGACUAGGCAAAACAACGCUUGCCAAAGCAGUACAUGAUAAGAUUAAACCGCAAUUCAAUUGCACUGCUUUUGUAUCGGUGUCACGUGAUCCUGAUAUUAUAAAAAUUUUCAAGGACAUGCUUUAUGAGCUUGAUAAGAAUGAGUACAUGGACAUUCACAAUGCUGCAUUAGGUCAACAGCAUCUUACUGACGUUGUGCAAGAAUUUCUCAAAAAUAAGAGGUACCUCAUUGUUAUUGAUGAUAUAUGGGAUACGAAACCAUGGGAGAUGAUACGCUUGCUGGCAAAUAAGUCAAGAAAUAUAAAUGAGUGGUACAAUGUGUGUGAUGCAAUUGGUACCGGAAUAGGAAAGAAUCCCGGUAUGGACGAUAUGAGGAAGAUAUUGCUGCUUAGCUAUUAUGAUCUAACUCCUCAGCUGAAGACAUGCUUAUUGUAUCUAAGUCUAUUUCCUGAAGAUUGUGAGGUUAUAAAAGAUAGGUUGAUUUUGAGGUGGAUAGCUGAAGGAUUUGUCCAACAAGGAGAUGUGAGGCAAAGCUUAUUUGAGAUUGGACAGAGUUACUUCAAUGAGCUUCUAAACAGAAGCCUUAUCCAGCCAGGAGACAUCGAUGAGGAUGAUAUGUAUCCUCUUGGUUGCCGGGUGCAUGAUAUGGUUCUCGAUCUCAUUUGCUCUUUGUCAAGAGAAGAAAGUUUUGCUACCAGAUUAACUGAUGACUGCAACCAAAUCACAACUUAUUUGGAAAGCAAGGUUCGCAGGCUCUCCAUCCAUAAUACUACUCGGCCUACAAUGAACAUGUCAAAAUUGAGGUCACUUACUAUCAACAAUCCUGCUAUAAUUAAUUCAAUGCCACCCAUGUCAUGCUUUUACCUUCUGCGUGUAUUGGAUCUUGAAGACUGCAAUCUUAAAGACCAUCCAAGUCUAGAUUUUGUCGGGAAAUUAUUUCACCUGAGGUAUCUAAGUCUAUUGAAUACUGGAUAUGCUGGCGACCUCCCAAGAGAGAUAGGGAAGCUACAGUUUUUGCAGACAUUGUGCUUCCAUGAAACUGACAUAAAAGAAGUGCCACUGAGUAUCUUCGGGCUGAGACAAUUAAUGUUCCUUCUUGCUGGGGACACUACAAGGCUGCCAACAAGUGGGUUGAGAAAUCUAUCGUCUCUCGAGCUGCUUGUGAUGAACAUGGAUUCUGCAAACAUUGCAGAAGAGCUAGGCCAUCUGACGCAACUAAGGGUGCUAUGGGUUAUGCUCAGAAAGGACAAGGAAGGCAGAUGGGAUGAAAGCAUGUGCAGAGUUCUGUUGGGGUCCCUUGGCAAACUACACAGAAUCCAAACUCUAGGAGUACGAAUCUCAGAUGACGUGGAAGUUGAUGUUGAAGGCUCAAUCGACUCCCUGUGGAACCUAUCUCGGCUUGUUAUUUAUGGAACCAGUCGGUUGCCGAAAUGGAUCGAUCCCACAUCAUUUCUCCCCCCUAUACUACCUGGACAUAAAGGUAAUGGAUGGAUGUACAUUGGCUACGGCCUCAGGCACUGCCUACAGCAAGUACAUCUGCGAUAUCUUGGCCAAUGGCCCGUUGCUCACUGUCUCCACCUCAUGUUUCCAUUGCAGUUGAUUAAGCAACAAGCUGUGCAUUUUCCACUGUUCGCGAUCCAUCUUUGCUGUGCGAUAGAGAUCAAUGACCAUGCCUACACGCAAAUUGUUCUCGUGUAUUCAAUCAUGCUAUCUGAAUCUCUGUAG